GGCGGUUGUUGAUGUAGCUGUCAAAAGUCAGGCGGUCAGAGCAUCAGCAGCUAACAGGCAACAAUGCAAUUCCUUGGCCGUCUGCUGGACACAGUCUCCUCCGUGUCGACUCUCUUCACAAACCCCUAUCGGGUCAGGGAAGUGCCCCUGUCUGAAUAUGGAGGAGGAGGAUCUGGAGGAAAAGUCGUGUUGAAAGAGGAAGGGCGCAUUGUCCUGUUCAAAAACACGCAGUAUCAGUCAUGGGACUGUGUGCUUAUGUGUCCUGAGAUGUCAACUGUAGCUCUGAGGCUGUUUCAGGUGGCAUCAGAAGCAGAUGCCAUGAACUGGUUUCCACAGUAUGCCCUCAAACUUCGACCCUUUUAUGAGAUACUGCCUUUGAAAGCUGAGACCGUACAGACAGUUGUAGACUGCAUCCGCAGCCAUCCAGACUGGAGUUCUGCCCACAUCGCUGUGGACACGGGGCUGAGGGAGUGUCUCAAACACAACCAUGUCCAGAGUCAGAUCAAUGCUCGGGAUGCUAUAGGUCAGACGCCGCUGCACCUGGCAUGUGAGCGUGGCGACCUGGCAUGUGUGAAGGAGCUAUUGGAGGAAAGCCAGGCUCGCACCGACAUCUCAGACCGCAAUGGAGAGACACCCAUGCACUCUGCCUCCAAGCAGGACUCUCCUGUCAUCAUCCAGGCCCUGUGCUCGCGCUUGUGCUCUGGAGUGAAUGAGCUGAACAACAAUGGGGAGACGCCGCUCCAUGUGGCCUGCCGUUUGGGACGCUUGGAUUCCGUCAAAGCCCUGUUGGCUGGCGGGGCCAAGUGUGAUGUCAUUGGUUCCAAAGGCUUCCCUAUUCACACUGCUAUGAAAUAUAAUGAGACUGGCUGUGUGGAGGAGAUCCUGAAGGCAGACCUGGGCCAGCUCCACGCUGAAGACUCUGCGUAUGGUGGGACGCCUCUUCACUGGAGCAAAACUGCUGAGAUGUGUCGUUUGCUGCUGGAAUGUGGCUGUGAAAUAAACUACCUCAGUAAGACCGGGGAGAGUGCGCUCCACAUUUUGACCAAGAAGGGCCGCUUCGACGCAGCCAUGGUGUUGCUCACUCAUGGAGCAAAUGCCAAUCUGAAGGGUCAGGAUGGGAACACAGCGCUCCACCUGGCUAUGAAGCUGGACCACAUGGAGUUGAUCAAAGCUCUGAUUGUCUUUGGGGCUGAUGUAGAGAUCCACAACGACCUUGGGGAAACACCUGGACUCAUCGCUGCACGCACCAGUAAAGGCCCUAAUAGAAAGAUACUGCUGGACAUGCUGUGUAGUGUAGGAGUCCAGCGUUGCCUCCCUCCCUCCCCCUGCAGCCCUCCUCCCAUCUCCGACAGGACCAAGCCUCAAGGCAUAGGGUUUGAGGACAUCAUGCAUAUUGGUGCUGCAGUGGGUGCUAUGCACAGAGGCCCAUCUGAAAUUGACGGCCCCAAAAUAGAGAAAAAGAAGAUGGACAGGUUGCUGUGUCUGGAUGGUGGAGGGAUUAAGGGCCUGGUGCUGAUCCAGAUGUUGAUCGCCCUGGAGAAAGAGGCAGGCCGACCCACCAGAGAGCUCUUCGACUGGAUAGCUGGAACAAGCACAGGGGGCAUCCUUGCCCUUGCCAUAAUCCAUGGUAAGUCCAUGGAGUACUUGCGCUGCCUGUACUUUAGGAUGAAAGAGCAGGUUUUCAAAGGGUCAAGACCAUAUGAAUCAGCGCCGCUGGAGGACUUCCUGAAGAAAGAAUUUGGGGAAAACACAAAGAUGACAGAUGUCCGAUACCCUAGGGUGAUGGUAACCAGUGUUCUAGCUGACAGACAUCCAGGUGAGCUACAUAUCUUCAGGAACUACGACCCCUCAUCCAUCUCCAGAGAGCCCCCAUAUGCCACCACUGCCACCUUCAAGCCUCUUACCAUCCCACAAGGAUGGGAGGAUGAGGAUGUGUUGAUAGUAGGAUACACAGAGGAACCACCCAGAAAGCGUAGGAAGGUGACAGAUGAAGAGCAACUUGUGUGGAGAGCUGCACGCUCCAGCGGUGCUGCUCCAACCUACUUCCGGCCAAUGGGCCGCUUUCUGGAUGGAGGGUUGCUGGCCAAUAACCCAACACUCGACGCCAUGUCGGAAAUCCAUCAGUUCAACAAAGCCUUAAAAGAUGAGGGCCACAAGGAGGACAUCAAGAAGUUGGGUAUAGUUGUAUCUCUUGGUACAGGAAAACCCCCACAGGUGGUGGUGAGCUCUGUGGAUGUUUUUCGGCCCUCCAACCCUCUGGAGCUGGCCAAGAGUUUCGUAGGAGCAAAGGAACUGGGCAAAAUGCUUGUAGACUGUUGCACGGACUCUGAUGGCUGUGCGGUGGACCGGGCCAGUGCCUGGUGUGAAAUGAUCGACACCAUCUACCGCAGACUGAGUCCACAACUGUCUCAGGAGGUGAUGCUGGAUGAAGUGAGUGAUGCAAUCCUCGUGGACAUGUUGUGGGAAACCCAGAUGUACCUGUACGAGAAGAGGGAGAUCCUCCAGUCUCUGGCAAAGUCUUUGCUGCAACAAAACUAAAAGCACAAGAAAAUCCCCAAAUAGAGGCUGCAAGAAUUAGAAGUGGACAAGAUACUAAGAUUAGUGAGUCAUGUGUUUAAGACUGUUAUAUAACUGUUUGUGUGUGUGUGUGUGUCUGUGUGUGUGUGUUUUCUUAUAUAAAUAAUAGCAAAUUGUCUUUAACUUGUCAACUCAAUUGAGUGCUCAGUUGUAGAUAGAAAAUCCCUGACACUUCGCACAGGAAAUAACUGAAAACGGACUUAUUGAAGAGCGAGUAUGUAGCAUUAUGUGACCUCAUGACUGAUCUUUUCACUUGCUUACAUUUUGUAUAUGAACCAGUGAAGAAUAGUUCAUUGAUCUGUAAAUACUGAGGAUCUGAAAUGGAAUCAAGUUAAUUAAACAAUAAUGGGGAAAAACCAAACAAAAGCCGACAAAGUAGCUAGAGAUGCACCGAUUAACAGGACACAGAUGAGAAUUUGCAGAUUUUCAGCUUGACUACAGGUUAACAGGCCUACAGGUCACCUUCACUUUUUUUAUUUUUUUAUUUUGAAUUAAUACAUUUUUACAAUUACAUUCUGGUCCCUUUUGCGCAUGCCCACCAUAAUGCAUGUAGCACAUUGAAACCGUGAGCUCCAGACCCCACGUGACCUGUACAGUGCCAUUGUGGCAGGAACGAGAACAGCUUGUGCAAAUUAAAAGUCAUGGUGCAAUUAUAAAUCUUGGAGUGUCUGCGUUCCCUGCGCGUUACAACCCAAAGGAUAUUGAAAACUAUGUUGCUAAAAUUGAAAGACUCAAUAUUACUGACCCUUACAAUGCUCUGGGAGUACUUUUUAAAAUCUUUAAUAUAUUGUUAUUACAGCGAAAUAUUCUUUUUCACAUAUUGUUUAGGUGAUGAAAUCAGAGAUGAGAGCUGCGUUUAGGUGACGCCUUGUGUCCAAGCUUCAUAGCAUGACGAUGACUGAUGAGGAAGUGCUGAUGGGUAACCAUUGGCUAAGCAGACUACAAAACAAAAAGCUUCACCCCAUAAUAUAAAUACCUUUACUGCUUUGCAUAAAUUCAUCUGAAGUGGUAUUAGUCUUAUUGGAUGUGAAAUCUAGUAAGGGAAACCAAUACAGUUCUUUGAAUCGGUAUUUAAAUAUGUUUAUUUCUGAUGCAAACUUGCACAUUUUAAUAUGCAAUUCAAUAAGGGUAAAUUUAUAUAAAGCCACAGCAUUUAAUAAAGAAUAUCAAUGUCAAUUCUUGUCUUUGGAAAAUGUUGAUGAAAUGUUUUGAUCCACUUCAGUUGCUGAUGACAGUACUAAAGUUACUGUUACUAAAACCCCACAGUUGGAUGAGCUUCAGAGAAGGUUCAGCAACACUGAAGAGAAGCUACAGUCCACUCUGGCCAGUUAUUGAUCACAAGCAAGUUAUAGCCUGCUGUUUCAAUAAUAAUAAUUAUAAUUAAUAAUAAUUUAAAAAAUGCAUACAUGGCAGCAAAAAGUAUAUAACUGCUAUCACGGAUUUUACAGUAAAUAAAUAAUAAAAGCCAUGAUGUAAAAAAAGAUAGAACUUUGAAUAUAAAAAUAC